AAAAAAAAAAUCUGUUUUGUUACUUAGCUAAAUUGCAGGCGAGGGCGAGGGCGAGGGCGCGAAGUGGAGGAAGAAAUGAAGUGUUGGUGAAACUGAAAUCCGGCAACUGAGUUCGCAUCCGCAUCGGAAGCAGAAUCAGUAUAUAAUAUGGAUUCGGUGCUCGUUGGAUCUUUUCCUAACGCGUCUUCACUUGCAACUGGUGGAAAUUUCUGGAGGACUAAAUAUUGCGCCCGCAUUUACCAUGCAAGUUCUUAUGUGCCAAAGGCUACAUGGCACAAAAGGAAAAUCCAAAAAGAAUAUAAUUUUUUGAGGCUUCAGCGGCCAAGUUUGAAUCAUCAUUACAAAGGCAUUGAGGGAGGGUAUACAUGUCAAAAGUGUAACAUAAAAUUUGUUGUAAAAGCGACCUCUGAACAAUCUUUUGAGGCUGAACCUGAAGGUUUUGAUCCAAAAGGCAUUUUGGAUUCGCUCAAAACUUCCUUGGAUGCUUUCUACAGGUUUUCCAGGCCACACACAGUUAUUGGCACAGCAUUAAGCAUAAUUUCUGUGUCUCUCCUUGCGGUAGAAAAAUUAUCAGAUAUAUCUCCACUAUUUUUUACUGGUGUGUUGGAGGCUGUGGUUGCUGCCUUGUUCAUGAAUAUAUAUAUCGUUGGUUUGAAUCAAUUGUCUGAUGUUGAAAUAGACAAGAUAAACAAGCCCUAUCUUCCAUUGGCAUCUGGGGAAUAUUCCUUUGGAACUGGUGUUGCUAUUGUUACAUCUUUCUCAAUUCUGAGUUUUUGGCUUGGCUGGAUCGUAGGUUCAUGGCCAUUAUUUUGGGCUCUUUUUGUAAGUUUUGUGCUAGGGACUGCUUACUCAAUCAAUGUGCCUCUGUUGAGAUGGAAAAGAUUUGCAGUGCUCGCAGCAAUGUGCAUUCUAGCUGUUCGGGCAGUAAUAGUGCAACUUGCAUUUUUCCUUCACAUGCAGACUCAUGUGUACAAGAGGGCAGUUGUCUUUUCAAGACCACUGAUUUUUGCUACUGCAUUCAUGAGCUUCUUCUCUGUAGUUAUAGCACUGUUUAAGGAUAUACCCGACAUCGAAGGAGAUAAAGUAUUUGGUAUCCAAUCUUUUUCAGUACGUUUAGGUCAGAAACCGGUAUUCUGGACUUGUGUUACUCUUCUUGAAAUUGCUUAUGGAGUGGCCCUCCUGGUGGGAGCUGCAUCUCCUUGUCUCUGGAGCAAAAUUGUCACGGGCCUGGGACAUGCUAUUCUAGCUUCACUUCUCUGGUAUCAUGCCAAAUCUGUAGAUUUGAAAAGCAAAGCUUCGAUAACAUCCUUCUAUAUGUUUAUUUGGAAGCUAUUUUACGCAGAAUACUUGCUCAUUCCUUUUGUAAGAUGAGGAUGCAAUUGCAUUGUUAAACUCAUAAUUAGUUUUGUUUAAAUGGUGCUGCCUUUGUAAGAAUUAUUUCUUUUGGAAUGGUUUUUUUUUUUUUACUCCGUUGCUUUCAAUGGCUUCUUCAAUGAUUUUUUCUUCCAUUAAACAAACUAACAAACUCAUGCUUAUUAUCAUUACUUUUCAAGAUAGUAAGUAAUGCUUACUAAUUACUCUUUUAACCGAAGGUGCACAGCGGCUUUGGCAAUUAUGUUAGUCAGGAUUGAAGUUU